AUGGCUUCUAACUCCUCCACUUCUCGCUCCUCUAGCGAAAUCAUCCUUCUCGAAAUCGCAAUCUCAUUACCAAUGGCGUAUGCGAUCAAGAAGUCAGCAUUCAGCAGAGCUUUUGGAGUGGGUACGCCACCUGGAUCAAAGACGGAACGCCUUUUGCCUGCCACCAAUUUCACGUUUCGGGAGACUUGGAACCUAAACAGUCUACUGGACCUAAGAGCUCCACUCUCCCACUACCCUUCCUACGAACCCGAUGACGAUGACGAAUGGGGGAAGGUCCACUCACAGACAUUUCAUGGCUAG